UGAACAGAUACCUAACAAAACAAUAAUUAUGAUACAGAUAUGUGAGGUCGUGACUCCUGUUACGAUCUCGUAUGUACACAAAGUAGGAACACACAUAUCUAAAACACACUAACAUAUCUUGUAUCAGUUAUACUGUUUAUAUUAUUUUGUGAGCACACAUUUGGACUCAUUCACGAAUUCAUGUCAUAAAUACAUAAUAAUUUCGCAAAAAUGCAAGAGAAAAGGAAUAUAAUUUUGUUACUAUAUAUCGUCACAAUAAGUGGACCGAGUAGUGCCCGAAAUUUAGGAAGUAUCGAACAUUGUAUAGACUACUACAAGACCGGGAUGAACUUCGAUUUAGCCACUUUGCAAGGUGAACAUUACGCAGUCUACUUUUGGCCUCCGAAUCAAAGGGAUAGAGACACUUGUGCAGUGAUUAAUUACAAGAAACUUCCUCAGCACGAAUUUGAAAAUACAUUAAACGGAUGUAACUAUACAUUGCCAUCAAACAGUACAGUGAUACAAGCGACAUACGUGAAUAAUGUUGGCAAAAACAUAACUCUCCUUUACCAUGGAGACGAGGAAGUGAAAUAUUUGUACCGCUCCUGUAAUCGUAUCUCGAGAUAUAUUUAUAUAAGGUUGAAUGAUAAUUACGUGCUAGGCAUCAAUUGUUCAGUUGGAGGACGAGGAGUGUUGCUGUCUAAGAAUUUGCCUUCGGAUAUAGAAGUGCAGUCUAUCGUAAAGAGUAUAGAUUUCAUGGGUGGCCGUGAAGGGGCAUCGGAUUGCAAGUUGAGACCGUUUUGAUUUUGUAUUUAAUUGAUAAUUAAAAUAAAACAACUCUCGUUAUACAGAAA